UUGGCAUAAUCGUAAUCGUGCCAUGCGACUGGAGGUCAAGCUGCAGGGCGACCGCGUCCGCCUCGUCCCGUACUCGGCCUGGCAUGUGGUCAAGUACCACGAGUGGAUGAAGGAUCCGUGGCUGCUAGAGAUGACCGCGUCCGAGCCGCUGUCGCUGCCGGAAGAGCAAGAGAUGCAGGUGACGUGGCGCGAGGACCCGACGAAGGCGACCUUUAUCGUCCACGACCAUGGCAAUGACGACGUCCGCGACGAAGACGAAGCCUCGAUGGCAGGCGACGUCAACCUCUUCUUCAACGACGAUGAAGAUCCGGCCAACUGCGAGAUUGACAUCAUGAUCGCCGAAGCCUCCAAGCGCGGGCUCGGUCUUGGGAAGGAAGCCGUGCUCUUGAUGAUGGCGUACGCCGUCGAGAAGAUGAACGUUCAUCGUUUCUACUCCAAGAUCAACGAGACGAACGAAGCGUCCUUGGGCCUCUUCCGCAAGCUCGGCUACAACGAGUGCAACUACGUCAAGGCCUUUCACGAGUAUGAGUUUGAGUUUCACGUGCAAGACGAGCAGCGCGUGAUGCUUGCUGAUAUCCUAUGUCGCACAAGUCUGUUGCCAAUGGCCAAGAAGGACUACUAAUCUAAAUGCAGGCUUCUCAUCUCCCGG